AUGUUUGUAGUAUUGAUUAUGAUUUUCAAUGACGUUGGUGUGCACGGAAAAUGCCCACCGGGCAAGCAAUGGAACCCAAUGGCUAAAAAGUGUAUAAAAUAUUACUUUGGCUCAUACAUUUAUAACUAUAAAAAAGGUGAGGCGAGGCUAUUAAAAAUAAUGACAACUAAUUUUGAGGUUAAUCCAGACAAAAGACACAGAAAUAUAAAGAUAAAAUAAUAAAAGGAUUUCCACACAAAUAAAACGGAGGCAAGAAGUAUGAUAAAUUAAAUGAUAUUCGUUUGGGCUGAGUUGGGUUUUUUGCUGGCAAAACAAUGCAUUAAUUCUGGUCGAUGGUGGUGAAAAACCUUUUGGUGUUUCUCGACUCGUUCGAUGCUUUCUGUGUAUACAAAAUGGACAACAAUUUGUGCCUUAAUCAAAACUCAGACAAGGUUUAAGAAGCGU